CCGCACCCAUUUCCACAUACCCAUGGUGGCUUCAUACAACAACCACACCACCACCAACAACAACCACGAGACACCUGCAUGCCUCCACUCCUCCACUCAGUAAACUACCUUUGCAAUUCUCCCUUCUUGUGGACCCACCUGUGUAUUCAUGUCAGGAGGGACACUACUUGCCAAAGUUUGUGGACCCAACACCUUCAAAUGGGGCCCGCAUCCAAGCAGAGGUCAACAAAGAGGUGGAGAUCAGAGUCAAAGCACAAGCGGCAUGGGCAACAAUACAUGAUAUAAUCAUCAGUGGCCCACUGAAUAUCAGCAAGCAAAGGAACACACAUGAGGAGUUCGUCAUUAGGUGGAAGCCUGUCGAAACUGACCUGGGAGACUUUUUCCCGAUCUGCUUUGCUGUUGAAGCAGUGACAGGGUCUGCUGGAGCCAGUACCACACAAAAUCAUAUUCACCAUUACCACCCCUACCCAACUUCACAGUCUGGCAUCUAUCAGUCUGAGAUGAGGUGUGUUCUGGUAGAAGUUCAGAGGGUGCAAGUUAAUUCCCAUGUGAUCUGCACCGAGUCCACAAUGACAGUAGAGGUUGAGAAAUCUUCAUUCUCUGGACUCCAUGAGGACCAUUUGCGGCUCAAUGACGCCACCAACACUGCCUGCAGGCUGCGCUCCAACAGCACUCACGUCUUCGCUGUCAUCCCCCUCAGCGGUUGUGGCACUGAGAUCGAGGAAGACCAAGAUAACCUCCGGUUCAAGAAUGAAAUCACUACGGUUGACAACAUGGCCGACGUGAUCACCAGGAAACACCUGCUGGGGGUGCAGUUCUACUGCCAGUACCCCAAACGUGGAAAUGUGACACUGGGCUUCACAGCACACAGGAAAAAUAUCACAGUGUGGGAAAAGGGCUUCGGCACGUUUACCUACCAGUUUGAGUUCUAUCCCAACAACCGAUACCAAACCAUGAUUGAUCCAAAUUCAUACCCGCUGGUGUAUGAAAUAGGGAGCAGGAUCCACAUGCAGAUAGAAGCCACCUCCUCUGUCAACAACACCGUGCUGUUUGUGGAGGCCUGCAGAGCUUCACCAUACGACAACCAAAACUACCAUCAAACCUACUCCAUCAUUGAGAAUGGGUGUAUUGUGGACCCGACUGUUGAGAUCCAUCAGUCCUCCCACCAGAGACAAUUCCAGUUCAGCAUGGAGGCCUUCAAGUUCAUCGGCUUGCAUGAUCAGGUGUACAUCAGCUGCACGGUCCUGAUGUGUGAAGCAGGGAGCCCCAACACCAGGUGUUCACAGGGAUGCAUCAACUCCACAAUGCCAGGCGGUUUGCAUCAUCACCACAGAAAGAGAGAGGCUGUCAUUCAAAGCGCAAGGCACUUCGUUUCCCAGGGUCCCCUGCGCUUAAAGAGAUCAGCAGAGAGCAACGAAAGCUCAGUGCUCCACCUGAAUCUGAACCUGGUAUUCAUCGCUGGAUGUCUUCUUGCAGCUGUUGGCAUGAUCAGUGCAGUGGUCAUGUACAAGGCCAAAAUGUCAAAGGUCAAAUACCAACCUUUGCCCACAUUUGAAAGUUAAGACAGCACGCAGAAUACCAGUUCUGAAUUAAUUACAUUUGACUACUUAAAGUUUUUUUGAUAAGUUUGCCAUUUGAUAUUGACUUUUGGUGUGUCUUAUGUGUCUUUCAUCUUCAUAAAUGUCUACUGCUUUAAGAGAAAAUACUUCAGUCCCUGUGCAAAUAGGGAAAUCAGAAAUCCAGAAAUCAGCUUUAUAUUAAUCAACAUUGAAGGGUUAUUUAACCAGUACUGCAACGGAUGGGUAUGAUUUAAUACAUGUAUCUUGAUUUAUAUGUGUAUUCCUGCUGUGUUCAUUUUAUUAAACUUUUAUGAAAAUGGAGCUACAUCAAAUUGAAUGAGAAAAAAACCUUUUUUGAACAUUAAAGCUU